UGUCAAUGUCAUGUGUCAAAAUGUAUUUUUUUCAUUGCCUAGUUGCUGACUGAUUUUGGCUCCUAAAAACCUAAAAAGCUAAUUUAUAUAUGCAAAAACAAUUAAUACAGUUAAUAGAGGUUUAAUACUUUCUAUCGGCUGAUAGCUGAAGAUGUCGGAUAACGACGACGAUUAUAUGUGCGAAGAAGAGGAGGACUAUGGGCUGGAGUACUCAGAGGACAGCAACUCUGAGCCAGACGUGGACCUGGAGAACCAGUACUACAACAGCAAGGCGCUGAAGGAGGAUGAGCCGCAGGCGGCGCUGCUCAGCUUCCAGAAGGUGCUGGAGCUGGAGGGCGGCGAUAAGGGCGAGUGGGGCUUCAAGGCGCUCAAACAGAUGAUCAAGAUCAACUUCAAACUGAACAACUUCACGGAGAUGAUGGUCAGGUACAAGCAGCUGCUCACAUACAUCAAAAGUGCAGUCACAAGGAACCACUCGGAGAAAUCUAUCAACUCCAUUCUAGACUAUAUCUCUACUUCUAGAAAUAUGGAGUUACUGCAGGAUUUCUAUGAAACAACACUAGAAGCUUUAAAAGAUGCAAAAAACGACAGAUUGUGGUUUAAAACCAACACUAAACUAGGAAAGCUAUACUAUGACCGAGGAGACUUCAACAAACUGGCCAAAAUACUAAAACAGCUUCACCAGAGUUGUCAGACAGAUGAAGGCGAAGAUGACCUCAAGAAGGGCACACAACUACUAGAGAUCUAUGCGCUAGAAAUACAAAUGUACACAGCACAGAAAAACAACAAGAAGCUCAAGGCGCUCUACGAGCAGUCUCUGCACAUCAAGUCGGCCAUUCCGCACCCACUCAUCAUGGGCGUCAUCAGAGAAUGUGGCGGUAAGAUGCACUUGCGCGAGGGGGAGUUCGAGAAGGCGCACACGGACUUCUUUGAAGCGUUCAAGAACUACGACGAGUCCGGCAGUCCGCGGAGAACCACCUGUUUGAAGUAUUUAGUUUUAGCCAAUAUGUUAAUGAAAUCAGGAAUCAAUCCAUUCGAUUCUCAAGAAGCUAAACCGUACAAAAACGACCCGGAAAUCUUGGCCAUGACGAAUCUAGUACAAGCCUACCAAAAUAACGACAUUAACGACUUCGAGUCCAUCCUCAAACACAACAGUUACAACAUAAUGGACGAUCCCUUCAUAAGAGAGCACAUCGAGGAUCUGCUGAGGAACAUAAGGACUCAAGUGCUGAUCAAGCUUAUCGGGCCUUACACUCGGAUACACAUACCCUUCAUAUCCAAGGAGUUGAAUAUCGAUGAGAAGGAGGUGGAGAAUCUAUUAGUCACAUGUAUUUUGGAUAACACGAUCAGCGGGCGCAUCGACCAGGUGAACGCGGUGCUGGAGCUGGCGUCGGGCGCGCGCGGCGCCGCGCGCUACCAGGCGCUCGACAAGUGGACCGCGCAGCUCGCCGCGCUGCACCUCGCGCUGGCCAACAAGAUGGCGUAGGCACAAGCGCUGCCAUACCCGCGCUAAACUGCCCAGUGCCCGCCUUUUGUGCUGACGCUUAGCCAAUCGUGGAAAUAUAAAAUCAAAAGUGAUUGUAACUGGCAAACCCAGGAUGUACUUUCUUAUGAUUCAGCAAUUAACAACAAAUGCGAUGAUCUCUGCAAUCAUUCUAUUUUACCUUAGCUGACUCAAAAGGUAAACAAGCAGCAAUAUAAAUGUUUCACUGGAGGGGUGCUUAAUAGCAACAAGUUCCUGCGUGAAAAGUUUAAUUAUGUAUAAUGCGUAAAAAAUUAGUUCUCACGCGCCAUUUUCACUUUAUGUGCCAAAUGUCAAGUCAAAAGUACGAUUUUAGUCUUUAUUUUAAAAGUGAAGAACGGUACUUUUGAAAUAACAGUUGAAUCAUAGAGUUAAAAUGGCGCGUGAGAUGUCAUUUUGUACAGACUAUAUUUAUACUCUGCAUUAUUAAGUCUGCGGCCCAGGCGCCAGGCCAGCAUGUAAAACAAAUUCAAUGUUUACUGACAAUGAAAAAAUACGAGUGAAAACCUAACUCCAGGAGGUCUGAAGCGUCAAAGCACGUUGCAUACGCCUUCUCCGAGGUUUCUGCAAUUUGUGUAUCUUUUAAGUCAAGGUUAAAGUUCCGUAGUUACUGGCACCCGCAUCUCACUUCCGUGGAAUUCGCAUCCGGCUUGACCAUACUUGGUAACAUUAAUCCAUAAUUCCCAUUGAGAUUUCAUGUUAUAAUAAUGCUUAACCAUAUGGUUAAAUAAUGUAUUACACAUCUUAAGGUUAAUGUGUUUAUCUGAAGCUCAACUCAAAUAAAAUGUGAAAAAUC